UAGAAUAAUAUUCCUGAAAUUCAUUAGUGCAUAUGAUACUGUCUGUGAUUCAUGCCUGUUGUACACAUUGCAUAAGUAAGAACGUAGCACAGUUACGUUUUCCUGGUGCACGCCUGGCCCUGCCCUUUGCUCACACUGUCUCUUCAUCCCCACGCUUGCUGAGGGUCAAUUCUAAUUGUGAUUAAGAACAAAACUUCUCUUUUCCUCUGGGGUGUCACCGUAAGUUAGUCUCUUUCACUGGUGGAAAUUAAUGAUGGAACUGCUCUAGUGAUGUGGGUUUGCUCCUUGCUACCCCACAGGUCAAAGAUUCUGACCAUUGUCACCACUGAAGGAGACAAGAUGGACUUUUUUUCCUCCCCCUCUUUGUUCACCUUGGCAAGCCCUUGGUCUUUCUGCCUACCCGGGCCUCAUUUCUGCUAUGUGGGGUAAUCUACUUGCUUCUCUCUCCAGCCACCUCACAAAUCUCUCAACUUCUUUCUGGCCUUUGCUUCUUGGUUUACCUAACCCUCUGCUGCUUCUCAAAUUUCUUUGAAAACCUUUAAUGAUCUCUUAUGCUUUUAAGUACACGAGAGAAUAAUGGCAUAUGGACUCAUUAAAGGUUUUAAGGGAAUUUCAGAUGACUAGGCAUAUGGAAUGUGUAAACCAUAGGCAAAAGAACUAAAGUUCUUCCCAUUGUGAUGAAAAAUCAUUUAUUAAAGUAAUAUAUUUAGAGUUAUAAGAAAUUAACUAAUACUGAAUACAGGCAGCUGUUGGUAGGGAAGGAGGGAAAGAUGAGAGACAGAAGAUCUUAUUUAUUAUCUUGUUACUUGCAAGAGUGGAUACAGUAUUGUACCCCCACUCUGGUGUUGCACGGGAAAUAGACAAAGCACUCUGGAAGCAGUGUCUAAAUCUAGACCAAGUGCUGGGACUCAUCCUGUCCAAAUGUGAAAUGCCAAGUGUAGCGCAGAAAGGCUCCAAAGAAAGUAGGGGAAAGGAAAUAUAUCACAGGUCUACAUUCUGAAAUUAUGUUUAAAAUGAGCACAGGAAGCAAAUAGGGCAAAAGGGAGAGCCUCUGUCUUCCCAGUUUUCUUUAAAGAUAAUCAUAUUCUAAUUAAAUAAAAAUGUGCAAGUUUAAAUACGUAAUAAAGAAAAAAUUUUAUCUUCAAUUUCUAGCUUUCUAAUGGUAAAUUAAAGUUUCUUAUCCUUGAAUGUAGGAAUUUAUGACUUCAUCAGUUCUAAUAUAAUGCGUUAGUUGUAAGUCAUGAUUAGUUUCAUAUACUACCCUUUAAAUUAUUUGGUUUACAGUAAUAGUUUACAGGCAUUUUUUUCUUUCAGUUUUGUCUUUCUUCCAAUAAUAAUGCCAUAAUCUGAUAAUGAUAUCAUAUAAUUUAGUGUCAACACAGUCUUUGAGGUAGCCUGUCAACCCAUUGUCUAACCAUGUGAUUAUUUUGGGAGAAGCAUGACACUUCUCUUGGGAUUCCCAGGAACAUUCCUAGUGACUAUCUCCUAGAUUGAAUUUUUUCUGCAGACCAUUUUCAGACAGAAUUUCUGUCUCCACAAUUGGACAACUCAUGAAGGUGGAAAAAGUAGAGAAUUAUACUCUUCUUUGUAUUUGGAACACCUUCUUUAUCCUGUAGAAUUGUUACAUGGAAUGAAAAUACACUGUCCUAAAAUCAUACCAUUUCAAACAACGCUUAAGCAGAAGACGACAAAAUGAAAUAAUGGCCCAAAUCCAAGCAGCUAUCAUACAGAUUCCUAAACCAGCAUCAAAUCACACUUUGAAAGCACUAGAGGCCCAGAAAAUGAUGAAAAAGAAAAAAGGUGCAGAGGAUGUGGCCAAUGAGAUUAAGAAGUUUGAAGCUUUAAUAAAAAAGGAUCUUCAGGCAAAAGAAAGUGCCUCCAAGACUUCUGUAGACACAACAGGUCCGAUGACUACCGACUUGUUGAACACUUACUCGGAUGAUGACUACAUUAAAAAAAUCCAGAAGCGCCUAGAAGAAGAUGCAUUUGCACGAGAACAAAGAGAGAAAAGGCGGCGGAGACUGCUAAUGGACCAGUUAAUAGCGCAUGAAGCGCAAGAGGAGGCUUACCGGGAGGAGCAGCUGAUUAACCGGCUGAUGCGGCAGUCCCAGCAGGAGCGCAGGAUCGCAGUGCAGCUCAUGCACGUCCGACAUGAGAAGGAUGUCCUAUGGCAAAACAGGAUCUUCAGAGAAAAGCAGUAUGAGGAAAGGCGACUUAAAGAUUUCCAGGAUGCACUUGAUCGAGAAGCGGCCUUGGCAAAACAAGCCAAGAUUGAUUUCGAAGAACAAAUCCUUAGAGAGAAGGAAAUUCAUGAGCAGAUCGCUGUGGAAAGAGCUCAAGCUCGUUACAAAAAGCAUUAUGCAGUGUGUGCAGAAAUCUUGGAUCAGAUACUUGACUUGUCCACGAAAGUGGCAGAUUAUCGUAUGUUGACAAAUAAUCUGAUUCCACAUAAGAUGAUGCAUGAUUGGAAGGAGCUAUUUUUUAAUGGAAAACCCAUAUAUGAGCAAGCCUCCAUUAAGCAGAUAGCUGCUAAACCCACUGAAGAACAACUUAUAGAACUGGAAAAAAGGGAUUUGCUAGAUAGCAAUGACUACGACGACUACAAGAAUAUGGUUGGGGAGUGGGCCUUACCAGAAGAAAUGGCUGAAAAUUUACCACCUUCCAACAAUUGCAUAUUAGGCCAUGUGCUUCACAGACUAGUUGAAAAAUCUCUUCCUCCUCAAGUUGAAUCAACAGAACCUGAAUUACUUUCAUCUUCUGUUAAGGGAUGCGUAUUGGGAAAAACAUUUAGUGGGAAAACUACCACUCUAAAGUCUCUACAAAAAGACUUCCCUGUUAAGAUACUUUCUAUUGACACUCUUGUCCAAGAAGCUAUCCAAGCAUAUCAUGACAACGAAAAAGUCAGUGAGGCCUCAUCCAUUCCUCAAGAGGAUAGGAAAGAAGAUCAGCUCACUGUGCGGGCUCAGCUUGGUGCAAAAUCAGAACAAUUGCUGAAGAAAGGAAAGAGCAUUCCAGACAUGUUGCUGGUUAACAUCAUGGUAAACGCUAUUAAUGGGAUACCUGUGAAUCAGAACUGGAUCCUUGAUGGUUUUCCAAUGACAUUAAACCAAGCUCAACUUCUGGAGGAAACUCUCACAGGCUGCAACAGAUACCUCAUGGAAGCAGAAGGAAAAGCAGCACAAAUAUCUACACUGGCUGUGGAUCCUACAACUUCCAAAGAAGUACCUCUGCCCUCUUCUGCAUUUGAUUUUGUUAUACUAUUAGAUAUUUCUGAUAAUUCCUCACUGAGUCGCAUGAAUGAUGUCAUGGCGGAAGAAUUUUCACGUGUAAUUUCUCAUGAAGAUACCAGUGAGCAUGCAGCUGCUGAGAGCCAGCAUGUAGAUGUGGAUCCUAAUUUGAGAGACCAGAUACAACACAGGAUUAUAGGCUUCUUGGACAACUGGCCUUUAUUGGAGCAAUGGUUUUCAGAGCCAGAAAAUAUUUUGAUAAGAAUCAAUGCUGAAAUAGAUAAAAACUCUUUAUGUCAAAAAGUAAAAGAAAUAUUUGCAACUGAAAUAAUGAAAAAAAAGAAUAAAGUUGAGAAAAGGUUAGAAGAAAAGGAAGCUGAGAAAAAAGCAGCUUCGCUGGCUGAGCCUCCACCCCCUACUCCUCCUCUUCCUCCUGAGCCAGAAAAAGAGAAGGAAACUCAUCAGCAGCGGGACCCUUCAAAAACGCCCCCUGCAAAAGGAAAACCACAAUCAGAAACUUCACCUGGUAAGCAAGACUCUCUUCAGGAUGGAAAAGGAAAGAAAGGUUCUCCUAAAGGAAAACCCCCAGGAGGAAAAGUCCAAGUGAAGAAAUCACCUGUUGGCUCUACAGAUAUACCACCUACUCCAGUAGCACCACCGCCCCCUAAGCCAGGAUCUGAAGAAUGGGUCUAUGUGAAUGAACCAAUUCCUGAGGAAAUACCUUCAUUUUUAGUACCUUACUGGGAACUAAUAGAAAAUUCUUACAUAAACACUAUCAAAACCAUCCUCAGGCAUCUGAGAGAAGACCAGCAUGAAGUACUUAAAUACUUAUAUGAAAUUACAACAAGUUUCCAGGAGUUUCUAAGGCGUCCAGAUCACAAGCAAGAUUUUGUAGCUCAAUGGCAGGCUGAUUUCAACUCUUUUCCUGAUGACUUGUGGGAAGAUGAGGAAACCAAGGCUGAACUACACCAAAGAGUGAACGAUUUACGAGACCGCCUGUGGGACAUUUGUGAUGCCAGGAAGGAAGAGGCUGAGCAGGAACGGCUGGAUAUCAUUAACGAAAGCUGGCUGCAGGACUCCCUUGGAAUCACGAUGAACCACUUCUUCUCACUGAUGCAGGCAGAACUGAACCGUUUCCAAGAUACAAAGAAACUCCUGCAAGAUUAUUAUAGGGCAAUGGAACGCAAAAUCCCAAUAGAUGACAGCAAGAGAUUUACUCGAAUCCCGUUGAUCCGACUGGAUAGUAAAGAUAUUUCAGAAAACCAGCUUAGAAUUCCUCUAGUUCCUCGAAUAUCCAUUUCUCCAGAAACAGGCGUGCCCAGACCAAAAUUAAAAGCAAUACUGAAAGGCAAGAUUGAUUACUCACUAGAAAACGUGCAGACAAACUUUGAGGCAGAUGAGAGGUUGGUAAUGGACACCUGGCAGCAGGCUUCCUUAGCGAUAUCUAACAUGGUGGCUGCUGAAAUUCAUCAGAGGCUCAUAGAAGAAGACAAAGAAAACCAACCAGCAGAGUCAAAAGAGAAAUCUCCCCAGAUGAGUACAAACAAAAAAGGCAAAAAGGAAAAUGAGCCACCCAAGAAUAAAAAGGAAGACAAACAUGGAAAAGGUAAGUCACCACCUGUAGCUGAAGCUGCUCCUGUAGUGUUCACAGCAGAGGAAAUCGCAGAAAUUGAAAAGAAAAAUGAACUGAGGCUCAGAAUAAAGGAGGAGCAUCUUGCCGCCCUACAGUUUGAAGAGAUAGCUACACAGUUUCGACUUGAAUUGAUAAAAUCCAAAGCAUUGUCUGUCCUUGAAGACCUAAUAACGAAGGUGGUCGAUAUAUAUAAACUCAUGGAAAAAUGGCUUGGUGAGAGAUAUUUGAAUGAAAUGUCCAGUGUAGAAAAAUUAACAGAAGUAGCUCGCUAUCACAUUGAAACAGCUACAAAAAUCCAGAAUGAACUUUACUUAAACCAAGAAGACUUCUUCAUUAAUGGUGAUAUAAAAGUCUUCCCAGAUCCACCCCUGCCGAAACGUCCUCCACCUGUAGAAAAGGAAGAAGACGGCACCCUGACUAUUGAGCAGCUCGACAAUCUUCGAGAUCAGUUCUUAGAUAUGGCGCCUAAAGGCAAGGAUCCUUCGGAUGCUGUGAGUCAAGUCACCAAACAGCAGAAAAGGCCACAGAAAAUCAGCCACUACUUUCCAAUGAGAUACAAUCAGUUUUUGAAAAUUUGGUUAAAAAAAUACCCUUGGCUUGUCUAUGAUGACUUGUUAAAUCUUAUGUUCUGUGCCCUGUGUCGUAAGCAUGGAGUGAAGUCAGGCGGAAGUCAAAUGAGUUUUUUUUAUGGCACAGACAACUUUAGGACUGAAUUUCUCAAUGCACAUCAUCUCAGUGAGGCUCAUGCCAAGGCUUUAUUAAUGGAAGCAACAAGUGGUUCUUCAGAGAACAGAGCCACCACAGAACUAAUGAUGAGGACCAUGAGCAAAGUAACUCUUGGGAGAGUAGAGAAUUUAUUCAGAUCAUGCCAUGCUAUUGCCAAGACUGGACGUCCCCUCAAAGAUUUUAUCUGGAUGUGCAAGUUGGAUGACAUGAAGGGUGUUGAUAUUGGCCCAGUAUUCAGAACUAACAAGUCAGCACAAAUCUUUACAUAUUUCAUUGCUGAAGUAGAGCGGAAAAGUCUAAGAGAGAAGCUCGAAAAAAGUAAAUUUUUCUCUGUCAUCAGUGAUGGAAUCACAGACAGUUUAAUCAAGGAAGUCAAACUUGUUUAUGUACAGUUUGCACAUGCAGGAAAAGUGCAUUGUCAAAUUGUUGGGGCACAGACAAUAGAAAGGAAAGAUCCCCUGGCAAUUAAAAAUGCCAUCGAGAAAACUCUAGAGAUAAAUCUGCAACUUAGGCUAUCAAGCCAAGAUUGGGCAACGAAACUGGUUGGUUUUGGAAGUGAUGGUCCUCCUGACAUAGAAGGAGAGAAAACUGAGGUGACCUUGCUUUUAAGAGAAAUCCAGCCAUGUGUGCAGACUGUUUAUUGCUUUGCCCAUCACCUUGAACUAUCCUACAAGGCAGUGUUCCAGAGCAUUCCUCUGUACGACAGUGUCAGAGAGCUUCUUCGCAGCAUUUAUCACUUCUAUCACACUUCUCCUCUUCGAAAGAGUUCUCUGAUAGCUGCCUUCAAAGACCUUCACCUUCGACCCACAAUACCUUCUCGAAUAGAAGGUAGGAGGUGGCUUAAUGGAUUACAGACAGCCCUCCAGAACUUUCUCAAGGGAUAUCCUGCAAUUAUCCACCAAUUGCAUUCUGAAGGUGAAGAAAGAAGUGACACCAGCCAACAGAAAGCCAAAGACCUGCUUGAGUUGCUGCUCCAAGACAGCAUUGUCAAGUUUGCCCAUUUCUUAGUGGAUGUCGUUAACGUCCUCAGCAUUCUGUCCCGCGUCAGUCAGAGCAGAAAUUCCUCAAUUGCUGACAUAUCCGCCACCAUGGAGUCCACACUGAAAAUGCUCCAAAUGUAUCAGACAAGGCCAGGCCCAAAAGAAUGCAAGGUGGAUGCAGUCACACACUUUCACGGUAGCCGCCUCAGGGGAACAGAAAACAUCUCUGCUGUGAGAAACGUGGUUUUAACACAUCUUAUCAAGAGGCUUCAAGGCUGCUUCAGAGAUGCCAGCCAAGAUGUGGUGAGGGCAACCAUGAUCGUAAGCUUUAAAUUGUGGCCCACAAGGAUAAAUCAAGAAUUUGGAGAGAAAGAGGUCUCCAUCCUGACUUCACAUUACGAACCAGUAUUAGAAGCCGCCAGCGUGAAAAUUGAUGAAGUGGACACCGAGUGGAGCAUGUUGAAAUUAGAGAUUUAUGCCAGAUUUCAGAACAUUCAAAAACUGACCUGGGAUUUUGUGAAUUCCAUUUACUUACACAAGUAUCCAAAUAUUCUGAGGCUUGUUGACCUAGUGCUGACCCUCCCAGCAAGUUCAGCUGAAGCAGAACGUGGCUUUAGUCAGAUGAAACGCAUCACGUCACACACGCAUGCUAAAGUCACAUCUGAAAGCAUCACGGAUACCCUGAUCAUUCAGCUGAACUCUCCAGACAUUAAUAAUUUUGACCCUAGGAAAGCUAUCCAUUUGUGGAAUACAAGAAUGCUGUCUUCAGCUGGUGACACAGGACCUAAUUCAGAUUGCUCCUCAGACUCAGAAAGCCCUUGUGAAAGUGAUUAAUACUGUGACUUUGACUUCACUAUUGAUCAUAGCAAAAAAAAUUUCAAAACCCUGAAAUUGAAAAGUAAAACAGUAGCCAUUCUUCAUAUCAAACACAAAUGGCACUUGACAACUUCCAAACAUACGAAAUAAAAAUACACUGAUGGGUUUUCCUGGGACUUCUUAAUGCUACUUCAUUAUUCACAGUUCUUUGGUAUUCUUUGGAUGGAAAUGUGUGCUUCCAAACAUUAUGUUAUUUCUAUGUCUUCUUUCUAUAAUUAUUGCUAAGGAUGACCGGAUUAUGAUUAUGUUCUGAGAUCCCCCUAACACACAGUUAACUGUUCUUUCUAUAUAGUUCCAAAUGAGAGUUGCACCAGGUAAAUAAUAAGAGCCAAAUUAAGAGCUUAUUUUUAAACUCAUGAACAAAAUUCUUAAGUGAGUCUACUUAUGUUAUUGCAUUAAAUAUGAAUAUAGUAUCACCCCAUGCCUAAGAAAUAUGUCAAAAGAUCAUAUGUUUAAAAAUGUUCACACAAAGAUCCCCAGAUAAAUAAUUCUGUAGAAACUUAAACCAUUGUCUUAUGCUUUAUUUUGUACCAUAGAGAUUAGAUAGUGAAAAUAUAUUGUACAUCUCCCAGAAUUUUUAAAUAUUUUGAGUAUCUUCAUGGUUUCAAUAGGUUUUAUUUAUGGUUUCAUCUUGAGAAAGUUGAUAGAUUAUUUAUAACUUAUCUAAAAAUCACCAUAGUAUCAUACAAAGCUCAGUUUACUGAAAAUCCUGCUACCUGGGAAAAUGUUCUCAUCCCUGUAGACUUGGAUACUCGGGUUUAAUUAAGAAGGAUAUGAAAUGUAUUUGUGAACAACCUGCUGGGUGGACAAUUACAUAAAAGAAAGUUUUUGCUCUUGUUCCCAGAAAAGUACUUUUUCCAUCUGUCAAAAUUGUAUAUUUGGUUUGAACCAGUGGCCUUUUAAAGGGGUUAUUACAUUUCCCUAGAGGUUAGAAGAAAUAAAAUGAUAUUUCAGAAAUACUGAAAACUUCAAUAUAGAAAGAAAACUUUGAGAUGCUGCCUCUGUGUUUCACUCUUUUUUCCAAAACAAAGAAGAAUAGCUAUGUACUCUGGACCUGAAAGAUACUUGGAUACCCACUAGG